AAAUGGAGCUGCUAAUCCACAACAAACUUACCGAAGUGCACCACCCGGUUUCCAAAAUCAACAACAGCAAUUCAGAGGUGGACAAGGUGUUGUGAACCAACAACAAUACAAACCCACUCAAAAUCUUCCAUACCCUUCAAAUCAACAACAAAAACCACUUCUACCCACUCCGGAAACAGCCCAAACUCCUGUCCUAGAAAACAUUGUUGACCAACUUCUUAAGUCCCAAUUAUCUCAAGCCGAAACCCUGAAACAAAUCACCGAAGAACUUGGUCAACUUCGGGCUCACAACAGGAUGCUUGAGAAUCAAAUUGCUAAUCAAGCAUCCACAUCAUCGACUAAGGUGACGGGUAAGCUCCCUGCUUGCCCCGAAAACCCGAGGGAGCAAAUCAAUGUUGUCACUACUCGGAGUGGGAAACAACAUCAAUCCUUGCCCCUUUCUAAUGAUGAACAAGAACAUGAAAUGUUGGAGGAAGGGAUCGUGCAACAACAGAAAUGUGGAAACAAUAACAAUGAACAUGAUGUCGGUACCAUGCCGAAAUCAACUGAUGACCAUGAAGGAUCAAAGACACAAAGAGAAAGUCCGGUAAGGAAAUACAUUCCCCCAGUUCCUUAUCCGAACAGAUUGAAGAAAGCCAAUAUGGAGGAGCGGAGAACAAAAUUUUUGAAUGUUAUCAAGCAAUUGGAUAUCUCAAUUCCUUUGCUUGAUGCCAUUACAGAAAUUCCUUCAUAUGCUAAAUUUCUCAAAGAUAUUCUCACAAAGAAGAAGGAGAAUCCGGCCACUGUUGCAAUGAGUCAAGAAUGCAGUGCCAUCAUCCAAAAUAAGAUCACACCCAAAUUAUGUGAUCCUGGAAGCUUCUCAAUUCCAUGUACCAUUGGUGGAUCUAAAGUUAACAAAGCUCUUUGUGAUCUUGGUGCAAGUGUUAGCUUAAUUCCUUAUUCAUUAUGUCAAAAGCUACACUUGGGGGAUCCCAAACCAACAACGAUGGCAUUACAAUUGGCUGAUCGAUCUGUCAAAUAUCCUAUCGGCAUUCUUGAAGAUGUUCCUGUCAAAAUUGACAAGUAUUAUAUCCCAGGAGACUUUGUUGUCUUGGAUAUGGAAGAAGAUGCCCGAGUUCCUGUUAUUCUAGGGAGACCUUUUCUAGCUACAGCAGGGGCUAUUAUCAAUGUAAAAAAGGGUACCCUUAUCCUUGAGAUUGGGGACGAUAAGAUCGAAUUCAAUGUACGAGAGCUGAGUAAGGAUACACCUUGUGUCCUUGAUGGUUACUAUGCUGAUGUUAUAGACUCUUGUACUACAAAUACAUUUGAUGAGUCUUAUUGGCUUUCUAAAGAUCCAAUGGAGUACACCAUACGAGAAUCUAUUGCAGAUGAGCAAGCCAAUGAAAUGGUAAAUUUAUGCCUCGAAAUGUUGCAAAGCAUAUCUUUACCGAUGCCUAAAGCACUUAAAUUUGAAGUGCUUAAUCUUGAAGAUCAAUCCUUGAAUGUCAAAGGAAAAGCACCUGAAGUAGAACUCAAACCACUUCCAUCUACUUUGAAAUAUGCUUUUCUUGGUCCGGAUUCCACUUAUCCUGUCAUUGUGAAUUCUGAUUUGGAUCUUCAACAAGUGGAAAGAUUAUUGCAAGUCUUACGAAGCCAUCGAAGAGUUAUUGGCUACACCAUCGAUGAUAUUGUUGGCAUAAAGGCAUCUUACUGCAUGCACCGCAUUUACUUGGAGGAUGAUCACAAGCCGAGCAUUGAGCACCAAAGGCGUCUCAACCCGAACAUGAAAGAUGUUGUUAAAAAAGAAAUUCUGAAAUUGUUGAGUUCGGGUAUCAUUUUUCCCAUUUCGGACAGCAAAUGGGUAAGUCCUAUCCACGUGGUGCCAAAGAAAGGAGGAAUUACUGUUGUGAAGAAUGACAAAAAUGAACUGAUUCCUACCCGAAUAGUCACUGGUUGGCGCAUGUGCAUUGACUACCGCAAACUCAACAAGGCAACUCGAAAAGAUCAUUUUCCACUUCCUUUUAUUGAUCAAUUGCUGGAGAGGAUGGCUAAGCACAAGUAUUUCUGUUUUCUUGACGGAUUCUCUGGAUUCUUCCAAAUCCCAAUUCAUCCGGAUGAUCAAGAAAUGACAACAUUUACAUGUCCUUAUGGUACUUUUGCAUAUCGCAGAAUGCCAUUUGGAUUAUGUAAUGCACCUGGAACCUUUCAACGAUGUAUGCUAGCUAUUUUCUCGGAUCUUGUCGAGGAAAUUAUGGAAGUUUUUAUGGAUGACUUCUCGGUUUACGGGAUUUCAUUUGAUGAUUGUCUUGAAAAUCUUGAAAAAGUGCUGAGCAAAUGUGAAGAAGCAAACCUUAUCCUCAACUGGGAAAAAUGUCAUUUUAUGGCAACCGAAGGCAUUGUGCUUGGGCACAAAAUUUCUGAAAAAGGCAUCGAAGUAGACCCAGCAAAAAUAGAAGUCAUUGAAAAAUUGCCUCCCCCUUCUUCCAUCAAGGGGAUUCGCAGUUUUCUUGGCCAUGCGGGAUUUUAUCGACGGUUUAUCAAAGAUUUUUCAAAAAUAUCAAAGCCCUUAACCAAUCUUCUCUCAAAAGAUGUGGAGUUUAAUUUUGAUGAAUCUUGCUGCACCGCAUUUUCAAAGCUCAAGUUGGCCUUAACUACUGCACCAAUUAUAAGGCCACCUGAUUGGAAUCUUCCAUUUGAGCUCAUGUGUGAUGCGAGCGAUUUUGCCGUGGGAGCCAUUCUGGGUCAACGCAAAGGCAAAGAAAUCUAUGCCAUUUAUUAUGCAAGCCAUACUCUUGAUGAUGCCCAAUCAAAUUAUGCCACAACUGAAAAAGAGUUUCUUGCCAUAAUCUUUGCCAUUGAAAAAUUCCGAUCUUAUCUUAUCGGAAGCAAGAUUAUUGUAUAUACCGAUCAUGCGGCUAUCAAAUACCUCAUCAAUAAAAAAGAUGCAAAACCGAGGUUGCUGCGGUGGAUCUUGUUACUACAAGAGUUUGACAUGGAAAUCCGUGAUAGAAAAGGAUCUGAAAAUGUUGUUGCCGAUCAUUUAUCUCGUCUUGAGAUUCCGUGUGAUAUCAAAAUGCCAAUCAAUGAUUAUUUCAUCGGGGAACAACUCAUGUCUGCUCAAAUUUUUGAUCCAUGGUUUGCCGAUAUUGCAAAUUACCUUUCUCAUGGGGUAAUUCCACAUGGGGCUACACAUGCUGAAAAGAAGAAGUUAAAAUAUGACUCCCGUUACUACCAUUGGGCAGAACCUUUUCUCUAUAGAAGGUGUGCCGAUGGUGUCAUUCGACGGUGUUUGCCCGAAGAUGAAGUUUCAAAUGUCUUGCAUCAUUGCCAUUCCUCAGCAUAUGGGGGACAUCAUGGAAGCUCUCGUACUGCUGCAAAGAUUUUACAAUCGGGUUUCUUUUGGCCCACUCUUUUCAAAGAUGCAAGCAAAUUUGUGAAAAACUGUGAUCGUUGCCAGCGUACCGGCAAUAUUGGAAGAAAGAAUGAAAUGCCCCAGCAUGGCAUACUUGAAGUCGAAUUGUUCGACGUGUGGGGGCUUGAUUUUAUGGGGCCAUUUCCUAAAUCAAAUGGGAAAGAGUUCAUCCUUGUAGCUGUUGAUUAUGUUUCUAAAUGGGUAGAAGCAGCUGCCACACCGACUAAUGAUGCCAAAGUGGUGAUCCAAUUUAUUCAGAAGAAUAUUUUCUCCCGAUUCGGAGUUCCAAGAUCUUUCAUCACUGACAAUGGUACUCAUUUUUGUAACAAGGCAUUGGAACGUGUCCUUUCCAAAUAUGGGAUUCAUCACCGACUCUCAACUCCAUAUCACCCGCAAACAAAUGGCCAGGUGGAACUUUCAAACCGAGAAAUCAAAUCAAUUCUCGAGAAAGUUGUUAAUCCUUCCCGAAAGGAUUGGGCCGGCAAGCUUGAUGAUGCACUAUGGGCAUACCGCACUGCCUAUAAAAAUCCCAUUGGAACCUCACCAUUCAAAUUGGUGUAUGGGAAAGCAUGUCAUCUUCCUGUUGAGGUUGAACACAAAGCAUAUUGGGCAAUCAUGACACUCAACAUGGAUCUUGCAUUGGCGGGUGAGAAACGACUGUUGCAGCUAAAUGAACUUGAAGAAUUCAGACUUGCAGCUUAUGAUAGCUCAAAAAUUUACAAGGAGAGAACAAAAGUUUUGCAUGACCAGGUGAUCAGCCGGAGAAAAUUUGAACAGGGAGAUAAAGUUCUUCUUUUUAACUCACGUUACAAAUUCUUCCCCGGAAAACUAAAAACCCGAUGGUUGGGUCCAUUUGAAGUACUUGAAGCAUUCCCAUCCGGAGCAGUUCAGUUGUUAAACAAAAGCGGACAGAAACUCAUGGUAAAUGGACAACGAUUGAAAUUAUAUCAUGAUGGUGAGAAACAAGAGGCAACUUCUGUGUAUUGCCUCAUUGAUCCAGAAUAUGAAUGAAAGGCAUGGGUCAAGCUAAUGACCUUAAACGAGCGCUUCUUGGGAGGCAACCCAAGUUUGUAAAUUUCUCAAAAAAAAAAAACAAAAAAAAAAGUCAAAAAAAAGAAAGACAAAAAAAGAUUAGUCUAGGUUUUCUUUAUUUCUUUGGACUCUAAAGGGGCCACAUCUGCUCAAAGGGAUCUCCAAACGUCAUGCGGAUAAACAAUUCCAGAUUCGGCCGCGCUUCAGGGAAGUUUUCUUUACACUCCUUUAAUCUCUUUUCCACUGAGGACAGUGCAAAUUUUAAGUGUGGGGGAGUGGGUAGUUCGACCCUGAUUUCUUGUGUGAAUAUUUUUUUUCCUUGUGUGCUUAUGUGAUUUUGUUUUAUUUUUAUUUUGUGUGUUUUCUUGUGAAUAAAGACCAUUCUUGUCCAAAAUGCAACAAUAGACCAACAACACAUUAGUUUACACUUUUUGUUACUAGUUACCUCCAUAACUUUUUAAAUUAUUCAUUCACCUCUUUUGAUGAAAUGUGGUUUGAGUUUGAGAAGUGUCACUGUAAUUUUUUGAGAGUAACUUAGUAUGAGCUUUGAACUUGAUUCUUUUUCACAAUUUAACAUUAAACACCUUAGAUUUUAUUUUUCCAAUUUAUUGGUUUAAUAGUUGAAUUAGUGAAAGUUUAUGCAGUUUAAGAUGUUUAUACAUUUAUUCUCCUUGAAAUUUAAUUUGAACUUGACACAUUAGAAAUGAUUUAGGCCAUCUUUGUUUACCCAUGAAGCCAAACACUAUCCCUUUGUAAACAAAUAACACUUUCCCUAGUAACCCUGUUUGAGCCUUUUCAGUGUACAAGUGUAAAAUAACUUACUUCACUUGUUACUAAUUUUUCUUGUGACCUUGUAAAUACAUAACCUUGUGAAAUCCUACCCAAGUCAUUUUUGUUUCAACCCUAGAGUAGUUUGUAUUGUUACUUGAGAGUGGAUAAAAUGGAGCUUCUGUUAAGUGUCAUAUUAGUGAUGUACAUAUUUGUUUGUAAAUUUUGGGGUUAGUUUUUCAUUGUAAUAUUUAGUGUGUGCCUUCUUAAAAAAAAAGUUCAAAAAAAGAAAAGAAAAAAAAAGUAAAAAAAAAAACAAAAAAAAAAACAAAAACAAAGAGGCACAUUAAUUUCUUGUUGUGAUUUCUUCUGUAAAACCCCAUUUUUACUUCUUUUUCAUGCUUAUAUUUCUCAUUGUUUUGUAUGCUCCAAGUUCUUGUAAAUUCAUGUGAUUAUCCGCUCAGUAUAAGUGCAAUCUAACUCUCUUUGUAAAUCCCUACACCAAACCUUUCUUUCCACUAUCCACAUCAUUAACCUUGCCAAAACCCGAAAAGUCCUAAUUGAUCUAUUUGUGUCAUUUUUUUAAUUAAGUUAAUUGGAGAAACUUGUUCUGCAUAACCCGAACUAAUUCAGAUCUAUAGGUGUUUGUGUUAAAAGUUUGAUUUGAAAAUCUUAAUGAUAGGCAAUAAUACUCUGUUUACUCUCAUUGAGUUAUUUUGUGACAUUUCAGGGUAUUGGACCGUUUAGUGGACAUUAGAGGUGUAUGUGUAAUUUGUUUAGUUAUGUUUGUAAAUUUUACCAAAUUGUGUAUAUUUUUGUGUUUGUUGUUUAUUUUGCUUGAGGACAAGCAAAAGCCUAAGUGUGGGGGAUUUGAUGUGCUUGUAUUUUACACACUUUUUAGGCUUAGUUUGUUAAUAAUUUUGGUCACUUAAUUUGUAUAUUUGUACAUAUUUUUAUUAUUUAUCGUUACUUUGUACGAUAUGUAGUUCUAUGCAUGUAUUUUGUAUUUUCAGGUACUUUUGAUACUAUUUGAUACAUUUGUGUGUGAAGAGAAGAAGAAAAUGAAAGUUCCAGUUAAAAGUAGAAUUUCAAGCAAAUGAGUAAAUUGAAGAAAAGAGGCAAAAAGUGAAAGAAAUAACAUGGAGCAAGGGUUCGAUCCUUGGUCACUUGGAAAAGGAAGGGCAAGCUCAACCAAUGAGCUAAAUGUCAAAGUUGCAAAGGUUUAGCUGGAGCUUAUUUUAACUCCUUUCAACUGCAGCAAGAAAAGACGAAAAAAAAACGUCAAUAGAUGGGUUCGAACACGGGACCUCAGAGUCCUAGAAGCAUUCCUCUUCCACUGCGCUGCUACAGAUUAUUGAUACUUGGACGCGUUUUCUUGUACAUAUACUCUUCGGUUCCGUAAAUUCCAACAAUUAAUGAUUAAUCACCUUAUCAUUAUAUUGCCUUAAUCCAUCCCCCUCCACACAUAAUCUCGAGCCAACUUCUCUCUACACCUCCCAGAAUCAUUUCCUCCUCCUUCUCUCUUCAUUCUUCAUCUCCAAAUCAUCAACCAAUCUUCAACAUCAAUUAAUCACUUUCUCAAUCAAGAUUAAAGUCAAGAUUAGCACCAAGCUCCAAGGAUUGUCAUCUAUCACAAGUUUGAUCUUCCUUAUCUCUUUAAAUCUUGUACUUCAAUCAUGAAUUCAUCUAUUUCUAAGCUUCCCAACAUGUAUAGCUAAAUAAAUUUGGGGCUAGAAAUUGGUUAAUUAAUUGUUCUUAUCAUGUUUUAAUUUGUAUUGAUUUUAAUUGUUAAGUUUGUUCUAUUUAGAUUGUUGUGUCCAGAAAAUUAAUUAUGUUAUGUUUGUGAUAUAUAUUAUGAGUACUCAAUCAUAAACAUAUUGUUUGUUAAAUACACAAAUGAACACUUUCUGAACACACCGUUAAACUUCUUUUACCUUGUCCCGGAUUGAAGUUUUACGGGAGAAUUUAAUUAUUUAAUUAUAUUAUUUACACCACGGGGUUGGGUAAAUAAUAUAGUUAAUAAUUAAGGUUGUCGUUGCACUUAAACAACUAGUCUCGUUUUGGCCAUCACUGGGAAAUGUUGACUAGUUACUUAUUUUAGAUGACUUGUGUUGGGUCCUAAAAUAUUUAUCCACAACUUCUCACAAUCUAUCUACGAAUAAAAUUAGCAAUUAUUUCUUUCAAUUAAACAUUGAACAAUUAGUUACCAAUUUCUACCCCUACUUACUAUUGGUUGAACUUUGUGUUGAUAAAAAUCUCUCAUCUCAAUCACUUUUAUUUUAUUACUUUUUCAAGCAAACCAAAAAAUCAAAAGAAACGCACUCCCAACUUUAAUCCUUAGUUUGUGCUUAAUUAUUUUAUUUCCCGCUUCUCUGUGGUUCGACACCCUACUUCCUUGGGUAAAAAAUAGUUGUGUGCCAUUAUAUGCUACACACCAACCAUACAUAUCCGUUCGGUUAUGUUUGACCUCGGAUUCCUAGUUCGUGUGCCAGUUCAGCUUUUUUUUUUUGUGAUAAUAUUUCAACAUCAUAUUUGAUUGCCAACCCUGUUCAGCAUAUCCAGAUUGGUUACCACUUUGUUCGUGAGAGAGUUGCUCAUGGUGAUUUAAUAGUUAAAUAUGAUCCUACUCAUCUUCAUCCAACUGAUAUUUUUACAAAUUCUUUUUAAUCAGCAAUUUCACUUUUUGAAGGACAACUUGUGCGUUGUAUCUCCCACACAAUUUGAUGGGUGUAAUAGUUCAUAUAAAUUAGGAAUCCUUAUGUAUUUUGGCAGCUACUCUUUAUUAUAAACAUAUCCAGCAGGAUUCUCGGUAGGGUAGCCCGUUCCAUUUAUUCACAUUAGGAUCUCUGUAUUAAGAAGGGUGUCCUGAUUAAGUGAUUUUUAUGUACGAAUUAGUUUAUUUUGUGUGAUGAAUAAAUAAUUUGAAAUGAGUAAAAUAAUUAAUUAAAAGUUAUUUAGGGUCUCUUGUUAAUGUUUACCGGGAAGGCGAGCUCACCUGGUAGGAAAAGGGCGCCAAAAUAACUUUUAAUAAUAAUAGUAAUAGCAAUAAUAAUAAUAGUAAGAAUAAUAAUAGUAAUAAUAAUAAUAAUAAUAAUAAUAAUAAUAAUAAUAAUAAUAAUAAUAAUAAUAAUAAUAAUAAUAAUAAUAAUAAUAAUAAUAAUAAUAAUAAUAAUAAUAGUAAAUCCGGAUUCAGAUUAGAAUAUACCAGAUAAAAAUGAUUCAGAUCAAAUCAGAUAAGAAAAAUUCAAAUCAAAAUAGAUCAAACCUUGAGAAAUUCAGAUGAGAAAAAUUCAAAUCAAAUGAACAGAACAUCUUCUUACUGACCCCGGAUCACGAGAAGAUCAAUUAAAGUAGUCAAAAUAAUGAAUUAUAGGGAAUCUUGGAUUGACAAGCCAAGUCAACAGGAUGAACUUAAAAUGAAGUGUCUUCUUCACUUCAACGGGAAGACUAGUACCAGUAUAAAAGAUACACAAUAGGGACUUUUGUGUGGACUUUUGUUCCACACAAUAAGGAUUCUUUGUUGAUGAAAAGAUUUGUUUUGAUACGUGAUUUGAUUAUCUCUAAAUUUCUUUCUCUUAAUGAGACAUUAGAUUAUCUUGACAAGAUAUCUUUUGAGGGGAGAUUAUCUUCAUCUAAGGUGUAUGAGCUAUUGAGGAUUGAGGGCACUCUGCACUCCUGGAUGCCCCUCAUAUGGAAGCCAUAUAUACCCCUCCAAGUUUUCCUUCAUCACAUGGAUAGCCUUUCGUAAUAGAUUAGCCAUGUAUGAUAAUUUGGGGUACAUUAACUUGAUUAACAUAUGUCCUUUUUGUAAGGGUGGUCCGGAAACGGUACCACACAUAUACUUUGAAUGUCAUAUUAUAGGACAUGUGUGGACAAGGAUCAAGACAUGACUAGGAAUUACGAGGCAAAUGACCACGUUGAGGAGCACAGUGAAAUGGAUAAAGGAUUAUAAUGGUGCACACAUUAAGGCCAAAGCCGUGAGAUUCUCUUUUUGCUACACGGUUUAUUGGAUGUGGAGAUCAAGAAAUACCAUUCUUUUUUAUGCCGCCAAGGUUACUACCGAAGAUAUGGUCACUCAUAUCAGAUCAAGUAUAUGGUGUACAAAGUGCUUUAUUCUAUGUAUUCAUAACAUAGAUGAUAACUUUCUGAGUGUGUUUGCUAAUUUGUCACCUAUUUUUGUGAUGGCUUGCAUGUAUUAUGUGGCUAGAUUGCUAGCCAUCUAGUUUGGUUUUUAGAGGUGAUAGGGGAUCCUAGCUUAGGAUGUCUAUGGUUGUUUUGAUUUUUGUAUAUGAUGUACAUAAACAUUCUUUGGAUGGUUCUAUAUAUAUUUACAUUUCAUCCAAAAAAAAGACGCACUUUGGAAAAAGGAUGAACCACGAACCUUGAGCUACACGUUCGAAAACUAUGAGAACAUCAACGUCAUUCAAACGCAAGAAUCCAGAUGAGAGAUUGGAAGAAUGUUAUUUCAUAUCUUCAAACCAAACUGCCAACUAAGUUCGUCCUAAAUCCUUCAAAAACUCUGAAAUCUUCAUCUACUCAUCUCACCAUCAGAGAAGUUGGAGGAAAUCUUUGUCUUAACAAAGGAAUACUUAUUGUAAGUGAAGGGACGAGAAAACAGCUAGAGUGAAGUGAGGAUACUCUUAGGAGUCUAGUGAAAAGGCUAGUCAUCAAGGAAGCUGUGUGCAACCUCGGGUGACAAGGACACUACUAUUGAAGAAGACGUGGAGAACUUAUUAGGAGAUAUGAAAAAGCUUGUAAAUGUACAUUACUUGGAGCUUAGUGGAAAGUGGAGUAGAGGAACAUGUUGUUGCUUGAAGAAUCCCUAGUGUCAUUUACUUUACACACUUUACAUUUCUUUGCACUAGGUAUGCAACUCUCAAAU